AUGCUAUCUUUACGGGAGAAUUUCGAUAUCGAGUUUCUUUCCAUAAACCAGCUUAGCUAUGUUUUCAACAAAUUUUGCGAAUCCACCAAUUCGAGCCAGUACACCAGUUUCUGUAUUCAUAUAGCUAGCAAGUGCUUGCAUCUUAUGAAUAGAUAUGGAGCACUCCACCCUUCUCACGAGAAACUUAUUGACUAUUUGAAGAAGCACGGCCAACAGAAUAUAUACGAUCGUCAGUGGUGUUCUACAAUUCAGCAGAGAAGCUGUGAGUUUCAGGAAACAUUGAAUACGAAAUUUGACACGAUCUUAGCUUCAUCCAAUGCUUCAUCAAGUCCACUGGACAACCAGCAACUAUUUUCCGAAGUCAGACAAGGAGUUGUAAUUGCCAUUAUCGAGACAAACUACCAGAAUGCGCUUAGCUUUCUAAACAAGUAUUCUACCGUAGUUCAAUUUUAUACCCAGCCUAGAAGUCUUGCUCAAUUGAAAGAGAAUCGGUUCAUAGAGUAUUUGUUCUUCCAGUAUAUUGUUAGCAUAUUCGACCUUAUAUGGUUUCCGUUGGACAGCUUGCAACAGCAGCAGUUUACAUUCACACGUCGUGACGAUAGUACUUCAGGAGGCUUCAAAAAUCUAGAUUCCAUUGCAAAAAAAGUAAACAACUACUACACGAAGUGUGAGAUGCUACUAAGCUCCAGCGUGCCAGAAGAAGAAGAAAUUGAACAUAUUAGUGACGAAUUGUUCUACUUCUGGCUUGUAAAAUUCUAUGGUUUGACAGUUUUGUUUAAACAGUUUAAAUUCUUGGAGUUUCAUGAGGAGUUUGAUGUACUCUUUGUGAAAUACCAGACGAUUAAUGCUCAGAUAGAAGCCAGCCCUUUAUUGUUGUUGAGCGAUAAUCUUCCUAUCCUCAGAUCCAACAUCCUUUCUAUGUACGGCAUCGUAAUGAUCUUUCUUAAACCCUUCAACUCGCUUUCGUUGAUGGAUGUAGGGAAUGACGACGCCCUUCUAGACUUGUUUAGUGCCGAAGAAGACAAGUUUGAGUAUUUGCUUUACCACGAGGUCAUGGUGCCGUUGUCAGAGUCCAAUAACAGAAAAGCAAAGAUGAACUUUUUAGAAAACUCUAGAUUUCUGGACAUGUUUGUAGCUUGUUUGGACUAUCUAGCGCCCGCAGUACCCAAGUCAUCUACCUCAGCAUCGAUUAAUUUCAUUAGAUACUUGAACUUGAUCAUAGACUUCAAGAAUUUCUUGCUUAUCCUCUCAGUCGUGAAGCAGGCGCCACGUCUCAAAAUGAUAGAACUUUUGGGUUACGACAUUAGAACGAUGUCUGACUCCUCGUUGUCUGCUACGACCCACAAUAUACUCUCUCUUAUGGGCGCUCUUGGACUCGGAAAGAUCGGUGUGGGCUAUAGAAGUCACCAAGAUGUAUUUUUCAACGAGGGUCACGAUAGUAAACUAGCAGUACGCGAACUUCAAAGUAGAAUGGACGAGCUCACCAACGAUCUUCAAGCCGAGAGUAUUGCGAUCACCAUGACAGGUGCGUUGCUCGAGAAAUUCUUCAGCUAA